GGUCAAGGGUGAGACAUCGGGAGAACCUAUCCACGUGGGAAGAAGGAGGAUUUGCUAGUUGCUCGUUAAAGGAGUGUGAAAAAUGACAUCCCUUGCCCACCAGCUGAAGCGCCUUGCGCUGCCUCAAAAUGAUCCAAGUCUCUUGUCUCGAAGUGAAGCAGCAUCACUGCUGUUUGAUUGCAAGGAAGCGGCCAGUAUUGACAGGGAGACCUUCUUUGCAAUAGGGUGCACUGGCCUAGAAGAGCUGAUUGGGAUUGAUCCAUCCUUUCAGAAGUUUGAGUCAGCACUUUUCAGUCAACUGUCCAAAGGUUUGGAGCGCAGUGUCCAAACUAAAGCAGUAAAUCAGCAACUGGAUGAAAGUAUUUCAUUGUUCCUGAUUCACUUGUCUCCCUACUUCAUGCUUAAGCCAGCACAGAAGUGUCUUGAGUGGCUUAUUCACAGGUUUCAUAUUCAUCUUUACAACCAAGACAGUUUGAUUGGCUGUGUAUUGCCCUAUCAUGAGACUAAGUUGUUUGUGCGUGUUAUCCAGCUUCUGAAAAUAAAUGACCCUACUCAUAAGUGGCAUUGGCUGCAUCCAAUUCAGAAACCAGGAGUCCCUCUUGCAAGGGGAACUUUAAUUACACACUGCCACAAAGAUCUGGGUUUCAUGGACUUCAUAUGUAGCCUAGUGACAAAAUCUGUAAAGGCUUUCUCAUUGUAUCCAGAGAGCUUAUCACAGAUGAGAGUCCUGUUUACUUUUUAUGCCUCUACAAUUGUGUCUGCUCUUGGAGCUGCAGAAAAUAUAACAGACACUCUUGUCUCCAGGUUGCUCCCUUAUAUCCAAAAGGGCUUGAAAUCGUCAUUGGUAGAUUAUAGAGCUGCAACUUACAUGAUCAUUUCCCAGUUGGCUGUGAAGAUGACAAUGGAAAAGUCUCUGCUCCAUUCCUUGAUGUUACAAAUCAGCAAGACAUUGGCUAAAACACCCUCCCUUAUCAAAGAAGGGCUGAGCUGCCUGAUCAUUCUUCUACAGAAUCAGAAGGGAGAUGGCCUUGGGAAAAAGCCUUUUACCCGUCUGUGUAUGAUACCCAACUUGAUUUCCAUGCUUUGUGAAAUUUCAACAACUCAUGAUGUCAGCCCAGUUUUGCGCUACAUGUUGCCAUACCUAGUUCAGUCGGUUAUUUAUGGAAAGACAGAGUUAGAAGAAUCUGACAUCAUUGGCAUUCAAAGCCCUAUAAAACAGCUGGAAGAUAUAAUUACAAAUAUAGCAUUAGAAAAUGGUUUGGAUCACUUAUUGGCCUGUAAAUUUUUGGAAUACUAUAUCUCCUAUGGUGCAGAAAGUGACUCUGAUCCUGCUGAAAUGAUUCCAGUUAAUAAAGAGCUGCUACCUCUAAUUAGGCUUUUCGAAAGAAAAUAUCCCAGAACACUAGAUUUGGUACUGGAGGAAUAUCUGAAAGAUGUUAGGAAUCAGAAGGAGCAAGACAAAUUCCAUCAAUUUAUCUCCCUUUCAAUGAGUGGUGGUAAAUACCAAUUUCUUGAAGAUUCUGAUACAUCUCUGCUGCUUAGCUUGAAUCAUCCACAGCCAGCAGUCAGAGUUCUGGCUGUUCAGCAUUUGAAAGGAAUCAUUGAAGCAUCAGAGGAAGGUUUUGAUGAUUCCUUCAUAGAAGAAGCAAUUUCAGCACGACUUAAGGAUGACAAUCUAGAAGUGGUUAUGUCAGCUCUUGGUGCACUGGAGACUCUGUUGCAUAGUCUGAAGUCUUUUGAUAAACAAAUUGGCUUCAAUCUAUUGUGUCUGUUUGAAAGAGCUGACCUCUCAAAGGACAAAAAAUGGAGCAAGAUCUUGAAGAGUGCACUUCACCUUUUAUCCAAAGAAGAGAUUCUUAGAGAGAAUAGAGAUCUCUUAAAUCAAUUAGUUUUACAAUUGCUUCCACUUAUAAUAAUAACCAGCAAUGAUUCAACAUCCACUGAGUGGGAAGUGGCCCUUUGUAUAGCAGAGUCUGGUCUGUGCUCCCUACAUCCUUUGUUGAAGGGUUGGCCAGAAGCUUUUCAAGGAGUAACCUCUAACUCAGAAGACUUGAUAGGUGCCUGUAAUUCAAAAUUCAUCAACCUCUUGGCAGAGAACUUAAUUUCUGAGGAGCCUUCCUUUAUGUUACAAAUGGUGGAAGGUCUCAUCAGUAUUGCCGAGGAACAGCCUCAUACCGUGAAACAGAAGAUCGCAGCCCAUGUGAUCAGCUCUGUCCUUGUCCAGUCCUGCUGCCAGACAUCAGAAAUGGAAGAGCGCCACUUACCGCUAGCUUUGAAGACCUUCCGCCUUUUGAGCAGAAAAAUGCAAAAAUUUGAGGAAAACUGUCCCGUACAGGAAUUUCUCUGCAAAUUCUCCGUUGAGACCACAUCUGGCAGUGAACUGUUCCUGGAAGUUUUAACAACAUACAUACAAAAGCUAAUUGCUAGGGAGGACAGUGAUUUAGAAGAUUCUUUCUUACUCAUUGUUUCAUUGAGAAGAUUUAUCAAAGGGCUGUUACCUCCAGCAUCUUUUGUGAAAGAUGAGGUGUGGUGGAAUCCUGAAACUUUAAGUGAAAAGAGCAAAGAUUAUUUACAGCUGCUGUUGCAACUCUUUGACAUUCUUGUUCAUGGAGCCAGUGAGGGAUUCUAUGCUGAUGAUUUUCGUGCAAUGCUAAGACUUCUCUUUGAGGUACAUUUGAAAGAGCCAGAGGAUCAAUUCAAAUUUCUCUCUGUCCUGUGGACUUACAAUUACAACAUCACCAAUCAACUAGAUUUUGUAAUGGAUGCCAUACUGCAGACUCGAGCCUUGUAUAUAGGCUGUGCAAUGCUUACUUCACAAGCUGUGCAGAAGAAGAGGCAGCUAGCAUCCGCAGACUCUCCAGUGAUCAUAUCUUUGCUGAUCAACUUGGCAAGUCCUGUGAGUGAAGUCCGAAGAGCUGCUCUUAACUGUCUUCAUUCCCUAAGUAAUAUAAAAGAAUCUGCAUUUCAUCCUAUUCUUCAUAACUUGGUGCAGAAAGCUGAGGAGAUCACUUCUGACCAAACUUACAUCAUCCAGAGUCUUGGACAGUUGUUUGCGGAACUGCAUAUUCAGCAUAAGCAAAAGACGCAGCAGCAGAAGUUGUCAGAAGCACUGGAAGGGUUAUUUGAAUGUGUACAAGCAUCCAAAUGUCCAUCAUACAUUGCAAGAAAUGUGUUGAAAAUUCUUGAUUAUGUCAAUGGCAAGAUGGUGCUUUCUUGCCUGCUGCCCACCCUGGAUCUGUUACUGGAGAAAGUUAAUCAGAGAGCAGAAGUGAUGUUAAAAGAUGAAGCUCUUCUUCUGCAUCUCAUUCUUGGGAAGUUCAAUGAACACUCAGCACCACUCAUUUGCACAGAUCAACAGUGUCUAGAACUAUUCAUCAAAGCUUUGCACACCUCAAAGGAAGUCUAUAAAGGACUUUCUACUUUCCAAAUUAGAGCUCUUGGACAGAUUACAAAACCAUUCUUUGCUGCUGUGGCAGAUGGGAAGGUUCAGCAAAAAAUUUUGGGAGUUCUAUUUGAUUUGCUGCUAAAUUGCAAAAAUCCAAAUUGUGCACAGGCAAUCAACAAUGUGUUUAAAGGGAUUUCAGUUGAUGCUGAGCAGGUUAGGAUGGAACUGGAACCUCUACCCAAGGCCAAGAACCUGGCUACUGUUCACCAGACAAGAAGGCAGAAGAUGCAGCAGCAGAGAAAAGCUCAGAACCAAGAGUGUACACCAGAAGAAAGCAGUGUGAACUGGCAAAGAGUCACACUUAUUCUGGAAUUGCUGCAGCACAAGAAGAAGCUCAAGCAGCCGCAGGCACUGAUACCUACCCUUUUCAGCUUGCUGGCCAGAUGUCUUGAACCUUCUGCAGAAAAGGAAAACCUGGAAUACAUAAAACAGCUCAUACUUGGUUGCCUGUUAAACAUCUGUCAGAAACUGUCUCCAGAUGGUAGCAGGAUGAAAUCAGGUGUUCUCGAUGAAGAGAAGUUCAAUGUGGAGCUGAUAGUUCAGUGCAUCCGGGUUUCUGAAAUGCCUCAGACCCAUCACCACGCUCUGCUUCUGCUGGGAGCUGCUGCUGGAAUGUUCCCUGGUAAAGUGCUGCACAAUAUCAUGCCUAUUUUUACAUUCAUGGGGGCGAACGUCAUGCGUCUGGACAAUGCUUACAGUUUCCAAGUGAUUAAUAAGACAGUGAAGAUGGUCAUUCCUGCUCUUAUACAGGCUGAGGACAAUGGUUCUUCAGAAACCUCGGGAAACUUGGAAGAGGUGGUGAUAAAAAUAAUCCGUGUGUUUGUGGAUGCUUUGCCUCAUGUGCCCGAGCAUCGCUGCCUCCCCAUCCUAGAACAGCUGAUAAGCACUUUGGGAGGAGAGCGCUUCCUCUGGAUUCUCCUUGUGCUGUUGUUUGAACAGCAUGUGACAAAAUCAGUGACUGCAGUAGCCAAUGGGGAGAAGGAUACUAUUUUGGAGAGUGACACAGAGUUCUGGAUCUCGGUAUGCUGUGAAUUUAGUGCAAUUCAACAGCUGCAGAGUCUGAGGAAAGUGUUGGACUAUUUAACCAAACUGCCAGAGAACAAAGAAGAUGAUCCUGGAAAAAAGAAAUCAAGAGUGCGCAAGAUAAAAUCCCAGAGUGAAGAAACAGAGCUCUUUAAUGUUGACUCUCACUCUGGCAAACAGCUGAGGCAUUUCAAGUUCUUGUCAGUCUCUUUCAUGUCACAGCUUCUGGCUUCGCACAGUUUUGUGAAAAAAGUAGUUGAAUGUGAAGAUGCUGAGGAGUUAAAGGAGUCUGAACAGAGACUGUUGGAAGAUGUUCUUUGCUUCAUUAACGUUGUGGCAAUCUCAGUGGAAAAACAUACAGAUACACCGACAGCGAAGUUCUGGAGGGCACUGCUCAAUAAGUCCUACGACAUGCUGGACAAGGUCAAUGCCUUAAUGCCAACGGAAACAUUUAUUCCUGUCAUCCGGGGUCUGAUGGCCAACCAGCUCCCUUCUGUGAGACGCAAAGCAAUGGAUCUCUUGAACAACAAGUUGCAGCAACGCACACAGUGGCAGCAAACCCAGGUGGAGUUGUUGUUAGAAAUGGUUCCUGAUCUCAUUGCUGUCGUGCAGCAUAACAUACGGGCGACAGAGGAGGAACAGGCGGUCAACAGGCAGACAGCUUUGUUCAGCCUGAAGUUGCUCUGCAAGUGUUUUGGCACAGAGAAACCCGAGUUGUUUGUGACUGUGCUGAAAACUGCCAUCGACGUGAUUUCUGUGAAAGGGAAGGAAGAAAAAAAUGUUGCAGGAAGCGCUUUGCUGUGUGCUGCUGAAGUCACCUGCGUGGUGAAAGCACUGGCGAUCCCUCAACUCCCAAGACUUAUGCCAGCAUUGAUAAAUAUACUGAAACACAAAAAGGAGUUAAUUGCCAGUGAAAUUUACUUGCUUAGCACAGUGACUUCUCUACUGAAAAUUGUAGAAACGCUGCCACACUUUCUCAGUCCAUAUCUGCUGGAUAUUUUGCUGCAGGUGGUCCAUUUGGACCGAAUUGCAGUUGAAAUGGGCCCUUCAUCUCACAUUAAACUACGUGUGACAUCUCUGAAAUCAACCCUAGCAACAAAGCUUCCACCAAGAGUUCUUCUGCCAGCAGUUGCAAAAUGUUAUCGUAAAAUUGCAAAAACUUUUAAGAACCAUUUAGGUGCAGUUAUGGAUAUUCUAAAAGAACAUAUUAUAACUCUUGGAAAAGACCAACUCACUGCCCAUCAGUCUGAACUAACAGCAUUUUUCAUGAAGGCCCUAGACUUCAGAGCUGAACACUCUCAGGAUGAUUUGGAGGAAGUUGGGAAAAUCGAGACUCAUAUUAUCAUGUGCUUAAUCAGCAUGGUUAUGAAGCUUUCUGAAAUGUCUUUCAGACCCCUCUUCUUCAAGCUCUUUGAUUGGGCCAAGACUGAGGGCACCUCAAAGGAUAGGCAGUUGACUUUCUGCCGACUGGCAGAUUGCAUUGCCGAACAACUAAAAGGACUGUUCACCCUUUUUGCUGGUCAUUUAGUGAAGCCUUUUGCUGACACUCUGAAUCAGGUCAAUACUUCCCAAACAGAUGAUGCUUUCUUCGACUAUGAGAACACCGAAAAGAGCUGCUUGUUGCUACAGUCCAUCCUUGAUUGUUUACACAAAAUCUUCCUUUUUGAUUCCCAUCAUUUUGUGAGCAAAGAGAGGGCAGAAACAUUGAUGAUGCCUUUGGUCAAUCAGCUGGAAAACAUUGUCGGAGGAGAAGAGAGGUUCCAGGAAAGAGUGACAAUGCACUUGAUUCCAUGUAUAGCACAGUUUGCAGUUGCAAUGGCGGAUGAUUCUCUGUGGAAGCCGCUGAACUAUCAGAUUUUGCUGAAGAUGCGACAUGCAUCCCCCAAGGUUCGAUUUGCUGCCUUAUUAGCUUUGCUAGAACUUGCAGAAAAAAUAAGAGAGAACUACAUGGUGCUACUACCAGAGUCUAUUCCCUUCUUAGCUGAGCUUAUGGAAGAUGAAUGUGAAGAAGUUGAACAUCAGUGCCAGAAGACAAUUCAGCAGCUUGAAGUUAUUCUUGGAGAAUCGCUGCAAAGCUAUUUCUAACCCCAUCAUCUUAAGUUUAAUGCAUGGCAUGUCUACAUUGGGACCAAACAGACACGGAGCCAGAAAUACACCCUUUUUGUUAUGUUUUACUAAGAAUGAGACUUAACUAUUUUAACUAUAAAUAUUUCUAGUGUUAAGCAAGAACUUUAAGUUGUAUUAACAGUCCUUGAGCUUUGAGUUUAAAAAUCCAUACACUGUCCUUACCUACUGCUGAAGGUGUAUUUCCAUGUAUGCUUUGUGUAACACACAAAGCAAAGGCUUUCAUACCCUACCUGCAUAUGGACUCAUGGGUCUAUACUAAAUAAAUCCUACUCUUCCA